CCCGCUGCUGGCUGUGUUGUGCGCUCGGAUCAGAAGCUGCGGACGCACACGGACACAUGGACGCACUGUGAUUAUUCCCCCUGAUUUUCCUCUUUUCUUUGCGGGAUCUUCUCCUCUCUGCACCUUGUCUGUCUCUGCGGGGGACUUCUCGUGCGUUGUUUGGGGCUCAUGCGUUUUCUGGAGUGUGCGUGUUUCCCCACUGAAACCAGCACGCACGCUUCCACCGCAGCCUUUGUAUGAGAUGAGGCUGGAUUAGGAUCCUCAGCUCCACCGGACGGAGGCUAAUUCAAAGUUUUGUGGUUCCUCGGGGCCGGGAUGUCUCGGGUGGAUUACACUGCGCCCUGGUGGACCUACUGGCUGCACAAUUUCCCCCACAUCAACCUGAGGUUUCAGCCCAUUGACAACAGCUUCCAGCCCGAGGAGGAGAACUACCAGCAGUCCCUCAUAUUUCUGGCGUGCGUGGUGGCCGCAGGACUCGGCGUCAACCUCCUCUGCCUCGCCAUCUACUUGAGCUGUUUGUGCUGCUGCCGCAAAGAUGAGGAGGAGGAGAGCAAGAAGACCAACUCCUGCUGCGUCACCUGGUCGGCUGUGGCAGCCGGCCUCAUCACAUGCGUCGCAGUGGGUGUGGGUUUCUACGGCAACAGUGAGACCAACGACGGAGUGUACCAGUUGACCUACUCCUUGUACAACGCCAAUCACACGCUGGGCGGCGUGGACAGUCUCGUUACCGGCACCAUGGGCAGCAUGAGGAGCGGCCUACACCAGCACCUCGCCCGGCUGGACGAGAUCUUCGCCACACGCGGUGACUUUGUGCAGACCCUGCAGUUCAUGCAGCAGAUGGCUGACAACGUGAUCAAACAGCUGCUGGGCCUGCCUGACUGGGAGGAGGCUAAAGUGGACCUGGCAUCCAUCGCUGAUCAAACGGCCAACGUGGAGUACUACAGAUGGCUCACCUACCUGCUGCUGCUCAUCCUGGACCUGGUCAUCUGCCUGCUGGCCUGUCUGGGCCUGGCCAAGCAGUCUCGCUGGCUGCUCACCACGAUGAUGGUGUUCGGCGUGCUGACGCUGGUCCUGAGCUGGGCGUCUCUGGGAGCUGACCUGGCCACUGCUGUGGGCACGAGUGAUUUCUGUGUGUCCCCCGACAAGUACGUCAUGAGCCAGACGAAGAGCAUCAUCACUGCUGAUAUUGUUCAUUACUAUCUUUACUGCAACCAGACGCUCUCCAACCCUUUCCAGCAGCCCCUGACCAUCUUCCAGAGGUCCCUGACCACCAUGCAGAUCCAGAUCCAGAGUCUGCUGCAGUUUGCUGUUCCUCUGUUCCCUACAGCUGAGGGAGACCUGCUGGGCAUCCAGAAUUUGCUGAACUCCUCUGAGGCCAGCCUGCACCAGCUGACCGCCCUGCUGGACUGCAGGGGGCUCAACAAGGACUACCUGGAUGCGAUGAUGGGGGUGUGCUACGACGGCGUGGAGGGCGUGCUCUACCUCUGCCUCUUCUCCAUCCUUGCAGCCUGCGCCUUCACUGUCAUGCUGUGUGCCAUUCCCAGGGCGUGGAGACAAAUAGCCAGCAGGGAACAAGACUACGACGACAUUGACGAGGAGGACCCGUUCAACCCCCGGGCGAGGAGGAUCGUCGCCCAGAACCCCAACCUCCCCAACAUGCACAGCUUCUGCAGCUACACCAGCAGCAUGGGCAGCCAGAGCAGCCUGCACCCGCCCGCCCCCGCCGUGUCCACCGCCCCCAUGUCCGAGUACAUGAACCAGGCGGCUCUGUUCGGGGGAAAUCCUCGCUACGAGAACGCGCCGCUGAUAGGACGCGGAUCUCCGCCCCCUUCGAUAUACUCUCAGCCGUAUAGAAACAGAUACUCCCCGAGUAUGAGGGCCACCUACCUGUCCAUGACCGAGGAGCAGAUUAGACACUUUGGAAACGACUUCCAAGCAUAGACUUCUUAAACUGCCCCCUGGAGGAAGACGCCAUCUCACACACACACACACACAGACACACAUAGACACACACACUCGACAGGACAGGAGUGUGUCGUGCAUCCAAGCAUCACAAAGAACAGCGUAACGUGUCGUCCGUCUCAGGACAACAUCAGAAACAUAUCUGUGCUGUUCUUCCGUGUGUCGUACGCUCGUAAAAAAUGACUCAUCUCAGUUUUUCUGCCCCAAGUCGAACUUUACCUGCUCUUGAUCUGUUUGUGCUCCUGACACGUUCUGAAAUAUGAACUGUGUAGAUCAGCCUUGUUGUCAGGCACGGGGGGGGAGGUGAGUUCAAUAUGCAGCUGAUUAAACCUCCGCCAAGGCCCGACAGUCGAGUCAAGCUGCACCUUUAUUCCACACACUCGUAGAUAUCAGUUCCCUUAAUGUGCCUGUUUUUUUUUUUCACCCACAUCCACAAAUGAUUCCCUGCGAAAACCGUUCUUUGGAAAAAUGUUUCAAUAAAAAUUUAAUAAGUUCCUCCCUCACACAUUCUGCAUCCUUCCACCAAGUUUGUUUGAAAUCCAUUCAGUACUUUUUGUGUAAUAUCGUUCAGAGUCGCACAAACAAACGCAGACAAACGAUAACCUUUACAAAUAUUCAAACUUAAACACAGAUUAAACACAUAGAAACAUUUGGGAAUCAAUAGUGAAAUUGAUUAUGGAAAAAUGUCCCAGUUUGAUUUAUCUGCUCUUUACGGAAUAAGUCCCUUCACACCUUUGAAGAGAAGGUUUGUUUCACUUCUGACAACGUUCAGGUCUGUGAAGAAGGAAAAUAUUAACACACGCCGCUGUAUUUUCUACAUGUUGCGCUUCAUGCUUGACAACAUGUGAAGCACCGACAACACACCGGAGGAGGAACCGUCGUAAUUUAUUUACGUUCACACACACACACGCGUGAAGCUUUAUGUUUCUCUGGACACGAGACGACCUUGAGACCACGACCUCUGUAAAUAAAAGCAAUUGUCCAAUAACAGACUGUUGUCUUUUACUCUGAUUUGAUUUUGUUUUUAAACAAACGUGCCAAUUUUUUUCAAUAUUUUUUCUAGUUUUGUGUGGCAGCGUCACAUAGAUGUUUUAUUUUUUUCUAAAGGGCCAUUCAUCCAUCUCGUCUUUUCGGACUAACUCGAUGAAGUUGUCAUUUCUGCUGUAAUCUGGGACGCCGUGCUGCACUAACUGUCAUUAAUGAGAAUAUUCAGGUAAUUUCUUUUUCCUCAGUACGUGGUUGGGACGACUAACAGUAGGGAUUUAAAGCAUUAGUCUUGAUUUGUGUCAUUCAGCAUGUUUCACUGUACAGGCACUGAGUGGUGCUGCAGUCUGUGUGGGGCCCCCAGACUCGGGGGCCCGACUGCGAGUUCAAUAAACCUGUUUUUUUGAGUA